CAUUAUCAGAGUGAGUGCAACUGAUCGAGAAGUUUGCUCCAAAUUUUGUUUUUUCCAUGACCCUUAUCAAUUUGUUUAAUAAAUUAUUGAAUAACCUAAAAAAUGUGAUCACUCCUUACACCUUUACAUUCGCGUUCGUUUUGUUUAUUUUGCUUAUUCACUUGUAUUACAGAUUUUUGAUUUGAAACAUUAAUCAUGGUAAGUAUCCGAAUUUAUCUCAUUAAUCCUUUGGUCUUUCUUUUGAUGUUCGAAGUUAUACUGUUAUAUAUUGAACUUGGAAUAUUUUAAAUGUAUAGAUGGCUUAGUGGUCUACUUUUUUAUGUAAAAAUUAUUCAUAGGCGGGUGAUGGUCAUAGCACUCAAUUAGUGAUGAUUUUAGCCUGUUCAUUCUUAUUCAAUGAAUGCGAUUUUAUUUAGGGUCGUGUAAGGACGAAGACUGUCAAAAAAGCCGCUAGGGUCAUCAUUGAAAAGUACUACACUCGACUUACAUUGGACUUUCACACCAACAAGAGGAUAUGUGAGGAAAUUGCUAUUAUCCCCACAAAGCCUCUACGUAAUAAAAUCGCUGGGUAAAUAUUUAUGAUUAAUUUAGCCAAAAUUGAUGGUUUUUAAUUUAAUUUUAGGUUUUUUGUUUUUUUAUUGAAUAAACUAAGAUAUAACUAUCUAGAGAUAUUUAAACAUUUAGUUUUGCAGUCGACCUGCUAUAAAGAUUACUUUAUUACAGUAUAAUAUCUCCUACAUAGUGAUGACAUAAAGGGCAGACUAUGGCCUGCCAUAAAAACCUUUGGUCUGUCUGCCAUAUUUCUUAAAUAUAAAAUAAUUGCACACUAUUACAUUUAAAAAUGUAUACAACUGAACUUUGCUCAUAUUUCGUUAGCAAUUAUGUAUCUUUACUUAUAAUUUAAAUUAAAUAGGUUUUUUGUAUUCUAUCGACCAUCUUUCAAACUUAUGAAUUAAUAUUUUCUUCAGCUCUACUAAAAAUAAGAUUGCCCUGAGUUUCCCUAAAAAGAAAUACUAGUGCUACCACUGCUCCUAGACCUCAGUAUUUUGUAUUUAUUACAAUCUUACUAGUAAUAUUUCACAGCAAAUAUAAGUCCAAAUUAAACUAAAUUAGAAGAAUGUUACUUACAAAUGCAAAUAAUUUAGAUCGCUAUAAUGACAAUAAUUUUUUUCUUUUAAAAUUUCAUUAGAUUUGUAUUUUCUUUCUAGAAAAAUAUAUUUGCAUAAUAUACUGUAUUAAUAAGAAGUUUAUUAAUACGUAGACCAUAAUUAAAUAGUUAAUUGUCAUAUUGGAAGAAAACCUUAAAUUGUGUAUUAGUUUCUUUUUUUUUAUAUAUAUAUAUAUUAAUAUUAAUUAACCUAUGUAUGACAUUUGUCCCGUAGUAUUCAUGACAGCAUCUCAAUAGUUAUUCAAAAAUAUUAAAAAUAUCUAGCAGAUGAUAAAAUCUGUUCUGUACGUCCUUUUAAAAAAUUAUUUUAUAUAAUUUAAGAUUAAGAGGUAAUCAAUCACCUUAAUAUUUGUUUAUUUCUGUAAAAAAUAUAUUUUCAAGAAAUUUGGUUGUUUUCAUUAUCAUUUAUUUUUUUUAACAUUCAACAUUUGUAUCAGUAAUAAAUUUAAUAAAAUCUAUUUAUUAUUAAAGUACAUAUUUUUUUUUUUAGGUCCCUUUAAUAUUCCUCUAAUAGUUAUAUAAAUAACUCUUUAUUAUUACUCAGUAUCCACUCUCUUCUCAAUACCAACUCCGAACAUGUCAUUAAUAUUUUUUUUUUUUUUACCUUUUAGACUGGUUUUAUAACAUUUUAAUUUAAGACAAUUUUUUGUAAAUUAUUAAUGCAAAUAUUAAUUAUUAAACUGUCAAAGUUACUAAAAGCUAAUAAGAAAUUAAUAAAUAUUUAAUGAAUAUUAAGAUUGAAACAAAAUACUGUUAUUUUAUUAUUUUUAUUUAAAUCUUCAAAUAUUGUAACAUUGUUUUGUCUAUGAACAACUUUUCGACCAAAAAAUUUUGUUCCUAAGUAUAGACUGUAACAUCUUUUUGAAAGGUAGUUUUUUCUAAAUUUCGAAAUCAUAAAUAUUAUUACGGUUUCUUAAACCUGUACAAUCAAAGUUUGUUCCGAAUAGUUAUCAAUGGUUUAUCGUUGGUUACAAGUAUAAAAAAAUAAUUAUGUAUCCCACCUACAACAGUAGCCGCACUCAUUCUCAAUAUUUCAAUUUUUUUUUUUUCAUUAUCUAUUUUACAAUAGUUAUUAAAUUUACAAUAUUUCUAUUUUUUUUAGAUUUGUUACUCAUUUAAUGAAAAGAUUGCGUACCAGUCAAGUUCGUGGAAUUUCUAUUAAAUUGCAGGAAGAAGAACGUGAAAGGAGAGAUAACUAUGUACCAGAAGUUUCUGCUCUUGAACAAGAUGUUAUUGAAGUUGACACUGAAACUAAAGACAUGUUAAAAAUGCUGGUUUGUAUUUUGUUUAUAUUUAAUAUUUUUGAAGUUAAGUUAAUAAUAUAUUAUUAUUUAUUCUUUAGGAUUUCCAAAAUAUCUCUGGAUUACAACUGGUCCUCAGUUCUGGAACUCAGUACCCCAAGAGGAAUUAAGACAUGUAACAUAACUUAUAACAUCUUGUGUUUCAGUAAACAAUUCUUUUUUUUUCAGUCAUUUUU